AUGGCCACUCUAGAGUCCCCAUUGUAUAUGGGAGACGUUCAUAAGACACCCAACUGGGAGGACGACAUUACUCCCCUGAUCAAAGCGCCCUACUGGGUGACCAAGAAUCCCGAGGUCAUUGGUCAAAAGUGGAUAAACGAAAUGCUUUACUGGGGCAAAUGGGACCUUUCCAAGUAUGACGACGUCAGAAAGAGGGCGCUUGGUAUCUACAGACAUCUUCGCUCUAAGUCAAUGCCCGUGACUCGAAACCCAGAUCAUUAUUGGCCAGAGAGUGCUCUCGAGACAUUUCGCAUGUGGGCAAACAAUGGUUUCCCGCGAGACUCGAACUGCCAGCUUACACAACCUUCCGUCCCAGUCAUUCCUGAGCCCAAUGACCCUCCAAUAUCUUUCAGAGUGAGGAAAGACAUCAUGAGCCUGAGCCGUGAGGAACUUGUGAUUUACCAGACAAAGCUAGACGACAUCCUCGGCGCUCGGGAACUGGGGUCUAAAUGGCAGGAAUUGGGAGUUCUUCAUGCAUACUGGUGUCUUCACUAUCAAGAAGCCACGUUUUUUUGGCAUCGAGCUUAUCUGCGAUAUGUGGAAGAGUUGAUCGACUUCCCUAUUCCUUACUGGAAUGGAUAUGCGAAAGAAGCUGCAUGUGCAACAUCCGAGUUUGCUGGAAUUCCUCCAAUGUUUCUUGAGCAGACUUAUCAACACCCUGAAGGCGAAACCAGACAGAAUCCGCUUCGCUUUGCCAAAGCCUUGGACGGAAAGUCAAAAGAUGGACCGGGUAAUUUUAGUACCGUGACGCGGGAUCCAAUCUUGACGCAAGGCCCAACAGCUGCUGGUUGGAAAGAGAAGAUUGGGCUAUUCAAAAUCUACCAUGAGCAGAUAUCACAUGCCCUGCAGCAAUCAAGUUAUACAACAUCAGAGUCGGCUCAGCACUUCGGAAGACCGUGGGCAAAUAUCGUUGAUUUCAGUGACAAGCAGCCUGACGAAGACUAUCCGUUUCGUUUCGAUUUUGAUGGUCUGUUUGAGCAAGUUCAUGAUAACUUCCAUGGCUGGGUUGGCAACGACAUGGCCGACAACACUUAUACUGCUUUCGACCCCAUCUUCUUAUCCUAUCACGCCAACAUGGAUCGACUGGCCGGUGUUUUCAUGGACGCAAACCCAGAGAACCAAUUUACUUCUCGAUUCCCACUGCAGCCUUUUAUCAACAAUGGGACCAGCAUCAGCUAUGAUGACACGCGCCACUGGCACUAUACCACUAUUGGUGAUAUGGCCAAAGACACACGUGCACUAGGCUACAUGUAUGGGGAGCCUGCAAGCCCUGAUUUCUCUGCAGUCAAAACAGCUGAAGAGAAAGGUAUUCUUUCUGCUGUAUCGAGUGGGGGACAAGCUAUUGUCUUGCCGUGUGGUCUGCCAGGCAAGAAGAAAAGUUCCUCCGACACUGACUCUCUCAAAACCUCCGGCACAAAGAAGCUUGUUCCCUAUGUUGUCUUUACUGAAGUUGGAUGCACUGUCUCCAGCUAUAGGAUAGACAUAUUCACUCCAGGAGCCAAUCCAACGUGUCCUGAUGCUAUGGGCAACCAUGAGUUUAUCGGUCAGAUUACACGGCUAGGGAUGGGGCGAGGAAGAGAGAGUUCAGGACCGCCGAACAAAGGCCGAUGUCGCAAGCCAAGUGCAACUAGAGUUCUCCCCGCUGAGAGUUUUCAGGAUCGGCUCUCUCGAGGUGAAAAAUUGAGGAUCAUUGUAACAGAUCUAGAGACAGGCAAAGAGGUUGAAGAGGGAGAGUAUACGCAAAUGUCAGGGUUCGUUCCAAAGCUGGUGUGGCUCCCGGUCAAUUGA